CUCGGCAAAGUUUUUCAAAUUACCACACGAGCGAAGUCGCGGGUAAAAGCUAGUGGUGAAAUAAUAUCAUAGUUAGGAUUUUCAACUCGGCUGUGACAUUUUUUCAAUGUUUCUAAUGGUAGCGUGAAUGAAUUUUCACUGUGCAACACCAGGUCAAGCUCACGCUUCAGAUUUCGCAACGAAAUGCACUUGAAAAAUACUUGCAAAUUUUAAAAAUUCAAAUUUUGAAAAUUUUCAUUACAUUUUUAAGCACCAUUCAGCUGUUUGCUCAUAUAGAGUCGCCCAUUCUCAGAAUCGAGGUGAUAACAACCUUUCUUGUACGAUCCUCUUUGUCAUCCUUGAACAAAAUGUUUCCCGUUAUCGAGAACGAAGUGAAGCUGCGUUUCAAAGUAGCUAGUAGUCAUGUGCGCACUUCUGGUGGCUCGUAACGCGGUGCAGGCUGGACGAUAGACAAACACGUUCACAAUCAACGCAAUUCGUUUCGAGAUGUCGUUUAUACGAUAUACGAUUUCAAUAUGGACGUGUUUGCUGCUCAUCACUGAAAUCGAGGCAUAUUUCUGUGGUGAGGAAGGAAUGAUUAUCUACUCCAACGACACGCAGAUUCGUGAGCUUUGUCUUGAGCAACAGCAAAACGAGCUUUUCUUAGAAACUCUGUCAAAACGAUUCUUAGGAGUUGCAGCUUCUGCCAAUCCACGUGUCGUUUACUGGUCAAGUGUAGACGUGAAUAGGCCGACGAUAAUGCGGACUCGAGAGGGUCCCUUUGUUCCUGAAGAUGUCAUUGCGGACAUUGGUCUCGGCAAUCCUGAAAAAUUGGCAGUGGAUUGGGUUACGGGAAACGUAUAUUUCAUGGAUAGUUCUAAAAAUCUGAUGGGUGUCUGCACAGAAGAUGGAUCUUGUUGCACAUCGAUAUUGAACUCGACUGCAGUUACGCUGGGUGGUUUGGUACUCGAUCCAAAAAGUGGCGACAUAUUUUGGAGCGACAACGGGGAAAAUCCUGCCAUAUGGCGAGCUGGGAUGGACGGCAGUGAGCCGAAAACGUUUCUGUCGGAGGGUCUCGGCCAGCCGAAAGGUUUGGCGAUAGAUUAUUCGAAGGAGCGUUUGUACUGGAUCGAUUGGAAAUCCGAGACCGUCGAAUCGGUGAGUCUCGGUGGAAAAGACCGUCAACGCUUGUUACAAACGAAGGGCAAGCGACUUCACUCGAUAGCGAUAUUUAAGGGUAAAUUGUAUUGGAGCGAUUGGGACGCGAAUACCCUUGAAUCGAUGGACCUCGCUACUGGAGCUAAUCGCAGCGUUAUAGCACGGGGAUUCAUCAACGGCAUGGACAUUUACCACUCUUCGCUGAAACCAACAUUGCCGAAUCCUUGCGAAAACACGAAUUGCUCUCAAAUUUGCCUUCUCGCUCGAAAUAGUGGGUACAGUUGUGCCUGCAAACUCGGACACAGAUUGAACUCCGAUUUGCACACCUGCAGCCCGAUCAACCAAGUCCCACAUUUGGCGAUCGCUGCGACUAAUAGCAUCAUUCACUAUCACGAAGAAAUCAUCGGGAAAGCUCGAAUCGAAGCAACUGUCGUGCCAAUACUCAUGAGCCGAAUUGCCUACAAUCGUAAAACCGAUAAUCUCAUCGUUGACGAUCAGUACACCAAUUUUUUGUACAGUGUCGAUCCUGCAAACAGCGAAAUUCGUCACUUGACACCGAUUAACAGCAAGUACUUUGGCGGCAUCGCUGUCAAACCCGAAGGCACUGACAUUUUUUCGGCUGCCUCCGGUCUCCGCGAAAUUCAUCGAAUUAGAGAAGACGACACAGGCAUAUUUUCUUUCCCGGAUGAACCACACGAAAUUUUGUCUAUUCCUGGAUUUCAAAAAAUCUUUGUCGUUUUCAAAACGGGAGGGUCAAAAUUUCGCAUUGACUGGGUACAAAUAGUCUUACCUGAUUUGGAAACUGUUGUAGACACGUUUACGGGGACCAAAGUAUCAUUAGCUUAUGACCUAUAUUCUUCGAGGCUGUACUUUGCGGAAGAGGAAUCUGGAAGCAUCCAGUCUAUUUCUGUCAAAAACGUCAUAUGCGAUCGAGGAGACCUGGACAGACGAUUGUUAGGCAGCAAAGUCGGUAAACCCGUGAGCCUCGCAGUUUCAAAUGGUAAACUCUAUUGGACCAACCGUGAUUCGAAUGUUUUGAACUGGAUGGAUUUGGAUGAUAGUAAUCGAGAGAUCAAAAGUACAAUGCUUUUGAGGUACGCACCGUCUGGAAUAUUGGAUAUCACAUCAGUUGGAAAUAUUACACUUCCAGAUAAAAUAUCUUGUUCGACUGGUUCUUAAAAUCAGUUUUUUUUUUUUUUUUUUUUUUUUUAAUCACGAAAGAUGCACCGAUAUUGUCAACAAGAAUAUUGAGGAAUUAUUAUUCGAUGCAUGUUAUGACAGUUGCUUAAAAAAUCGACGUGUUGGUUGAACGUUGAGCUUGAGGUGGAGAACGAAAUUCUGAGCCGAGCUUUAUAAUCUACUAUAGCUUUUAUCCGUGGCUUUGCUCGCGUGGUAAUUUGAAAAACUUUGCCAAGAGGAAUAAAAAGCUGACCAUGAAUACAGUGCACUACUUAAGGGAUGCUUGUGUAGACAAUGUUGUGUGUCUUUCCAUUAACUGAUAAGACAUGUGAAUUUCGAGGAUUGGAAGGAGAGCGAUAUCUAUUGUAAAAAUAUGAAUAUUUUCGUAAAUCUUCA